GGCUAGUUUAUACUUCCAUUGUUCGCUGUUGCAUAGUCAAGUUUGGCGAAUGUCCAUGUGGAAACUCUAUUUACGUCAAACGUACUAAAAACAGCGUCAAAAAGAAAGAAACGGAAUGGCUCCACUUGAUAGAGAGAAAUGCCUAUGCUUAAUACGAAGCUUACUAUCUUCAGCCACCUCUCAAUUAACACCAGAAGUGUGUGAGAAACCCUGAUCGCAAAGAAAGUUUGUGUGUGCUUCGGAUAGCGGACUCUUAAAGCGCUCUCGCUUCACCGGUCGAUGCUUGCUGCCUUUUUCUUUUGGUGCCCCUAAAAACUCACGCUCACAGCUUGUCUGGACCGGCUUUAAUCGUGGAUUACAGAAAAGAGCUUCUUUUUCUUAAUACUUUUCGUCAAUGUCUGACGUCAAAUAUACCAGCCGAUCAUUCGAUGCAUUUCCAAGCCAACAAGUUCCCACCAGUCCACCGCCACCACCUCCCGAGCACCGUUACUUUACAUCUUCGCCACCCUCAUUAAACUCUCCCAGCACUAGCGAUUCCUACGAUACCGAGAAUCCUGCGUCUACGAACACCACCCCUGACUCGCGUAGCACCUCAGUCUUCACACAACAACAACCAAACGAUCAUCACCAUGGCAACGCACCUACAGCCGACGAGACCGCCUCAGGUGUCAACUCUUCACCCAAUCUACCUCGAGCGUUCUCUUUGUCUUCAUUGAUUAGAGAUGAGGAGCAACCAGAGGACCCGGAACACCCCCAAGUCAUUAGCAUAUCAACCUCGAACCCCUCACAUCUUUUCUGGGUUCCUGCAACACAGCAUCCAGAACUAGCACCCAAUGAAUUCGAAAAAUUCUUACAUACGAACUCACAUGCGAAACGAGAGCGAGCGAGUCUUAGAAGACGAAGCUCGAUUCUGUCUGUUUCGUUCACAGCAAGCGAUGCACUAAAGCAAGAUGAUGACGAGGGCAUGACGGAAGGGGAUAGCAGAAAGGAUACAUUGGAAGCCUUGGAACGGGGAAAAUCACAACAGUCAUCGGAAUACAGCGAACAGUAUCAUCAGCAGAAGCAGCAUAAUAGCAGUAGAUCAGGGGAUGCCGAGGGGCUACCACGCAAGACUAGACUACGACGAAGCAUUAGUUUGGAUAUGGCCACAGCAGCAGAGAAUCAACUGCGAGUGCCUGAUUUCUUGGUGUUUGAUCGCAAUUCCUCACCGUUAGAUCAGUCUAGGGUUCUUGUACCCAGAGCAGAUCGACCAUCUUUACUGCGGCGAGGUGCGCGCACCAAAUUUCAGCGAAAUUCAUCAUUUACGCCUCCCUCCGCACGACAAGUCGAUCGACAUCGCCAAACAGAGUCAAUGCCUCCAGGUACAUACACUGAGCGCCUCGACCAUUCCACACUUGGAGAAGGAGGCAUCACUUUGUCCGACAGCCCACUUGCCGAACCACCGCUCAAUAUGUCAUUGUCCAUUGCCGAACCGUCACCACCACCGCUACCACAAUCAACGUCUGCACACGCGAUGUUUUCUCCGCGUCCCAUGGAAAGAAGGGCCAGUGCCGAAGAAGUACCACGGCUACAGAAUAGCAGCACCCCUUCCAAAGACCACGAAGUCCAGGGAUUGGAAAUAGGUCAGAACGUGGUUACACAAGAACUUGAGCCUCUGGAGCACCAGUCGCAUGAACAACAACAACAACAACAGCAGCACCAGUUGGACCCACCAGCACGAGCGUCAUCUGAACGGAAGUCAUCAUGGUCUUGGGGCUUUAAGCGGUCAAAAUCAGAGCAGGUGCGAAGCGACGUUAUUUCAGAUAAAGUUCAUUUGCAAGCAGAAUUGAUGCCUCGACCAAGGCCAUCUGUUUCCUCAGAAUCUAGCGGCUCGGCUGCUACGCCCUCCGGCUCUGGUAAUGGUGUUGCUCCUCUCGCCCCUAACAGCAACAGCAGUGGUGGCAAAGAUAGCAGCGGUAAACGGUCCUUUGGAUUAUCUUCACUCUUCUCUCGCAAAUCAUCGUCCAACAAGGCCCAAGCUACUGCCGAACCUGCUGCCCAAAACACUGCACCCAUUCCUCCAAAGGACUUCCAGCUGAACAGGAUCAACCAAAACCGACUACCCAUCCAUAUCGAACGAGCCAUUUACCGUCUUUCCCAUUCCAAACUUGCCAACCCACGCCGGCCGCUCCAUCAACAAGAAAUUUGUCAAUGCAGGAAAAAAAGGAAAACGACGGCCACCCUCAAAUUCAUCCUCACCACGCCCACCAUCGUCCCAACAACAACAACAACAACAACAACACCAUCAACACCAUCAACACCAACAGCAGCACUCACAAUUACAUACUCAACAACAGCAACAAUCACAGCAUGGUCGACCUCCUUCUCCGUCUAACGGGUCUGCAGAUCAGCGUUCUUCCUAUCAGCAAAAGGCUCGAUCGAACUCAAAACAAGAAGA